GAGAGAGAGAGAGAGAGAGAGAGAGAGAGAGAGAGAGAGAGACUGUGAUUUUUCUUGAUUUUUCUUUCCUUUCUCGGCCUCUUUAAAAAAAAAAACUAAUUGCCCCGUUGGGAGCCCGGGCCAGUAUUCAGUAGGCAGGACCUGUUUGCAGCUGCACUGCCUAUAAUUGGCAUUCCUCCACGAGUGGAACCACAGUCGCAAAUUCGACCAAAACCACCACAAAACAAAUUACCCCCCCAUCCAUCCCUCUCGCUCAGGUCGACUCGUCAGUCUAUCGCGAACGUCACUCAUGUUGCGUGGGGCGGGAGAAGCGAACUUGGAGUUGAAUUGACGUCCGACAGAAGGAGAGAGAUAGGAGAGACACACAGAGAGGCAGAAGAUACGUGAGCCUGUCUUUGACAACCUGUUCAGUGAGACGUGCGCAUCUCAGCUGUGCCGCUUUUGCCUAAGGAGUCCAUCACAUCGUUCUCAGUCUGCGCACAUACUUCCACUGGCAAACAGUAGGCUACUUGGAGACGCGAGGGGAGGAGCGGUGUAGUGUAUGGAGUGUGGGACUUUCUUUUGAUAGCCUAUCAUUUCCAAUAACCUACGCGGGACUGAAAUCUAUCUCCACUGAACUGUUUAAAGAAAUAAGAGGCAUAAGAAAUAAGGCAGAUUCAACGCCGAAAGGGAGAGAAUCGGAGUGAUUUCGGACUGCAUGGGUUUAUGAGGACUCCGCUUUGUGGAUACAAGGAGCGGCUCCCCUAAAGGAUUCCAACGAAUGGUUCCGUGCGUUAAAAGUUACCCGGUGAAUUCUUAUCACAUUUCUACUCUCUUUUGAGAAUUGGUAUAAAUCGACAUUGGAACUAAGAAAUUCUACGAAAGCGGAAUACUUAAGUGGGGAUACCUAAAUUUACAACGCAUUUAUGGUAAGACAUCUAAGGGGGUCUUGAAACGGAAUUAUCGCUGAGCCGCGUGAGGGUCCGGAAUAUCGCGUCGUAGACUUAGUUUCAAGACAGCCCACCCGCUGCGCUGACUACACCUCUGAGAAAGACUAUUUCCAGGUUAUGAGGGAUCGAAGCUAAAGAUGGACCUUUUCUGGAUUUUGUUAUUUUCUAUCAUCCACCCAUACACACGAGGGCAAGGAGUUUACGCCCCUGCCAAUGCCCAGAUCUCACACGCGGGCCAGGCAUGCGUGGUGAAGGAGGACAACAUCAGUGAGAGGAUCUACACUAUCAGAGAGGGAGACCGCCUGGAGCUCCAGUGUCUGGUCAAAGGACACCCACAGCCACAGGUGCGGUGGACCAAGACGGCGGGAAGUGCCUCUGACAAGUUCCAGGAGACGUCCAUCUACAACGAGACGCUGCGCAUCGAGGGCAUCCAGCGGGUGCAAGGCGGCCGCUACUACUGCAAGGCCGACAACGGGGUGGGGGUGGCUGCCAUCAAGUCCAUCCGGGUAGACGUGCAGUACCUCGACAAACCAGUGCUGACAGUGCACCAGACCAUCAGUGAUGUGCGCGGGAGCUAUUACCAGGAGAAGACGGUGUUCCUGCGCUGUACGGUCAACUCCAACCCCCCAGCCCGCUUCAUCUGGAAACGUGGCAACACGCCCAUAGAGCAGAGCAAGGAUACCGGAGUGGACAUCUACGAACCGCUCUACACACAGGGGGAGACCAAGGUGCUGAAGCUGAAGAACCUGAGGCCAAAGGACUUUGCAAACUACACGUGCGAGGUGACUGUUCGCAACGUGUGUGACAUCCCAGAGAGCUCUGUCACCUUUCGGCUCACCAACGCCACCACUCCCCCUGCUCUACGGCUGUCUGUCAACGAGACCCUGGUGGUGGACCCCGGGAAAGACGUGACCCUGUCGUGUGAGGUGACCGCCGGAUUCCCUAAGCCCACUGUCACCUGGUCGCGCUAUCCCAACCCAUUGCCGAGAAACUCGUUGGUAAGGAAUGGGACUCUGACACUGCGCUCGGUCACGCCCGCCGACUCAGGCUUCUACAACUGCACAGCGGUCAACAACGUGGGGAACCCGGCCAAGAGGAACGUCAACCUCCUUGUCCGAAGUAUGGGCAACCUCACCUUCCAGAUCACACCCGACUCCAACAAGGACAGUGAGAGCAUCCAGAUGGGCCGCGAUCUCAAGCUCUCGUGUCACGUGGAUGCACAGCCCCAGGACAAGGUCAACUACACAUGGUACAAGAACGCGGCACUAGUCUACAACUCGGACAGCUUGAUCGUGCUGCGCAGCGACCCGGAUAUGGCGCCGGGCACAAGUAGCCUGGAAAUCGUGGACAUGAAGUUCCGUGACCAGGCCACCUACAGUUGUGUGGCCAACUUUCCUGGGAGCACGGUCCCCGAGCUGAGGGUAGAUGUCAACAUAACCCAGAGCAGCGUCACUCCCCCAAUUUUGACAGUGCCGGCAGGGGGCCAGGUGGUGAGUGUGAGGGAGGGAGGCUCUGCCGACCUGGUGUGCCUGGUGGAUGGCAAGCCCCGUCCGCCUGUACUCUGGUCGCGUGCCGACAAGGACCUGCCUAUGCCCACGGGUGAGUGGGCGAUGGAGACACGCAACGGGCGCCUCCGGCUGACCAACGUCACCCGUGACCUGAUGGGUUCCUAUCGCUGCCAAACGGCGUCCUACAAUGGCCUCAACAUCAAGCCACGCCAGGCGCAGGUGCAGCUCAACGUGCAAUACGCUCCAGUCCUGGACCCGGUCUUUCAGGAUGUCCGUUCACCCAACUACCAGUUUGUGACGUUGCGCUGCCUCAUUCAGAAGUCCAACCCGGCACGCGUGGCCAGUGUCCGCUGGGUCCGAAACGGCGAGCCCCUGUCCUCCCUGACCCCGAAUCCGCAGGAGAACCCGCAGCUGAAAUUCAAACUGGACCCCAGCAACAACGGCACAUACGAGUGCCGCGUCAGCAACGGCGUGGGCAGCUCCACCUGCACCUUCAACGUCUCGUCCCGUCCAUACAACGCAGAGUUUUACUUUGAUACGCCCAACCCCAUCCGCAUUCAGAAGGUCAACAACUACUCCUACAACCUCCAGUGGACCCAGAGAGAGCCGGCAGCUACAGACCGCAUCAUCGGCUACUGGGUCAACGUACGCACGAUUAAGCAGAAUGACAAGAUGAAUCAGGUGAACAUGUUCUCCAAGCAGAUCGACAAGAAGGAGCCUGUGAAGGGCGGCCUCAUGUCCUACACCCUGACUGACCUGAAGAUCCCCGUCUCCUAUGAGAUCCGCCUGGCCCCCAUCACCACCUACAGCACCGGAGACUAUGUCAGUCGCACCAUCCAGUACUCAGAGCCCUACAUUUACCCAAGACCUUCAGACCACGUCUGUGGCUUUGAGGACGAGCGCAUCUGUGGUUUCUCCCAGGACCGGGGCGACAAGUUUGAUUGGACUAGACAGAACCACCUGACCCAGAACCCCAAGCGCUCGUCCAAUACCGGCCCAGAGAUGGACAGGAGUGGAAACAAAGAAGGUUACUACAUGUACAUCGAGGCCUCUCGUCCCCGGGUCGCUGGGGACAAUGCCCGUCUCCUGUCCCCUCUCUUCAACGUUACUGCUGCCAGAGGCCCCAAGGGCUCCGGUCGUCUCCCCUACUGUGUCUCGUUCUUCUACCACAUGAAGGGCAAGCACAUCGGUUCCCUGAAUGUGUGGCUGAGGGUGAAGAGCAUCGCCUCUGUGGGCGAUCGGGUCUGGACUCUGGAUGGGAACCAGGGUCCUGACUGGAUUCAGGCCAACAUCAACGUCAACCCCAGCGGACCCUUCCAGGUGAUGUUUGAGGCUAUUCGGGGAGCGGGCUAUGAAGGGGACAUUGCCAUCGAUGAUGUCUCAGUCACCAAAGGGAAAUGCAAGCAGGAGAACUCUGUCUCCAACACAGUUCUGAUUGGGGGAGCCCCAGGUCUGCGCUCGCUCCCAUUGGUCGCCUCACUGACCUUCGCCCUCUGCUCAUAUCUACUGCUGCUCUACAGAUGAUGAGCACAACGCACAGCGUCCCCUGUCUGCCGAGACAGGCUACUGCCCAGAUUUGCGCUCUCUUCUUCUCUCCCUGUGUCCCUCGCUACCUCUCCCCACUCCCCUCCCUUCUUCCUCUCACCUUCUCCAUCCACUUUUUAGUUUUCAUCUCCAGCCCUGUUUUCGAUGACUAUCCAUGCUUCACUUCUCCCAUUACACCUUGGCUAUGCUUGUAACUGACUGUCGUUUGAUUGACUCUCUCUCUCUCAUUCUCCUUCUCCACACUCACCCCUUUACAGUCGUACGUGGCUGUGUUUUCCAGCCAUUCUCUCUUUCAACCAAUCACACUAUUUUUAACCGAGGCAAAGUCGCAAACUCAAUGACCUGACCUUUGACACCCAAUAUCACUCAAUCCAACCCCUCACAGCAGACACACUUCAUUCUUCUAUUCACUCUCACACACUCUUCCGUCACUCCCCUUUACUCUUUCCAACCCCCCCCCCCCCCCCCC